AUGGAAGUCAUUCCUUAUGCAUCUGCAGUAGGAUGUCUAAUGUAUGUGCAAGUAUGCACUAGACCAGACAUUGCAUUUGCAGUAGGUAUGUUAGGCAGAUACCAAAGUAAUCUAGGAAUGGAUCAUUGGCGAGCUGCAAAGAAAGUGAUGCGAUAUCUACAAGGGACAAAGGAAUACAUGCUGACAUACAAAAGAUUAAAUCUUUUGGAAGUGGUUGGAUAUUCUGAUUAUGAUUUUGGAGGAUGCAUUGACUCUAGAAAGUCAACAUCAGGAUAUGUAUUCCUCUUUGUAGGAGGGGCUAUCUCGUGGAAAAGCUUAAAACAGAAAUCAAUCACUUCCUCUACUAUGGAGGCGGAAUAUGUAGCAUGUCAUGAGGCUACAGGACAUGCCUUAUGGUUACGGAAUUUUAUCACGAAUCUUAAAGUUGUGGAUUCCAUCUCUAGGCCAUUGAGAAUCUAUUGUGAUAAUUCCGUUGCGGUUCGUUUCUGUAACAACAAUGCAAGUGGGAGUUCAAAUAAGUGGAUUGACAUGAAGUUCCUUGUUGUUAAAGAAAAAGUUUAG